ACUAUAAUAAAACUACAAAACAACUGUAUGCAAGUGCAAAUAGUUGCCUUAUAGUUGCAUUAUCGUUUUAUGAUAGUUUAUAUAUUAUGCAAGAAUUUAAUUUGAUGGGGACUAAGAAAUAGUAGUUAUACAUAGUAAGUUUUGUGCAAAUAGUUGCAUAUGAAUUUUAUAGUGAAAUAACAUAUGCAAGUAGCAAAACUAUAAUAAAACUACAAAACAACUGAAUACAAACUAAAAUACAGGAAAAACUCUUUGAACAUCAACAUCCAUGAUAAAUCUCAUUGUUACCCAUUGAUGAUAUAAAAAUGGGACUGACCAGGUUAAUCUAAUCUAUUAGCUUUGCCACCUUCACUCAUAAAUCUUAAUCAUGUUUGUCCUAAUACUUUCUAAUAUUAAUUUUAUAACUCUACCAUUAUUAUUAUUAUUAUUAUUAUUGAUAAUUCGAUGUAUACCCACAAUUUUUAUUUUCUUUUUAUUUACUUACAGUGAAGCACAUAAAAAAUACUUCAAUAAUAAGAAAGUUUGCUUGUCUUGUAGGAUACCAGAUUCUUUGCCCUGUCUUUAUAAUAAAGUGCUUGCAGCUUCAGUAGAUGCCACACUCAAUUUCUCUCCAACUCAGAAACAGGUAGCAGAAUAUAUUGCUAAGCUCGAUUGUUUAUCUCAUUUGUUAAUAAUUUGUUCUGUUGCCGCAGGCUGUUACCCCUGGAAUUUUGGGUGGUAUAAUGAAGGGUUUAAAAGCAGAGAAAGUGGAACACAAUGCUGAUCUUAGUGGACUUCAUAAAAAUAUUCAUGCACAUUUAGAGACCUUAUUUUCAAGUCCUCCAUUCUUAAAACCUUCGACAGCUCUGACAGAUGACCAAGAAAUCAUACAACUCAAUUUAGACGACAUUGUCAUCGACGAACCUCUACACGUCUCAUCUUCAUCUCAGAAAAACAAGAAUGAAACGAAAGGUAAAAUAGCUUGCUUUAAAGUUAUUGCUUCAAGUUCUUUAAUUAUUUUGCUGGCAUUAAAAAUAAAAUUAUUGAAAAUUAAAAAGUGAAAUAAAAUUAAAAAUAAAAAGAAAAGAAGAAAAAAAGAGAGUGAAAUGAUGGAUUGAUUGAUAGAAAAUAAAAAAAGAGAGGGAAGAGAGUAGGAUUUGAUUGAUGAUGGAUGGAAUGAUGACUAAGUGGUAUUUGUGUAAUAAAACCAACUUUGUAAGUAAAUAAGUUGAUAUACGCGUGUGUGAGUAUUUUGGUAAUAAAUUGUGCAAAAUGGAUUUUUCAUGUAAAAAUUUCAAUUAUUUAAGCACACAAAAAAUAUAUAUUUUAUUUAUUAACAAAAUUUAAUAAAUAUACCCUAAAAAUUAUAAUUUCUUAGGAACCAAAAUAAAAAUUAGAUACAUUAUUGGCAUUGUAGGGCCAGAAAACUCCCCUAUAAAUGUCAUUUGCAAAUAUUUGGAUCAUCUCUUCCAAUAAAUAUUUUCUAGUCAAUAAGUCAAGCUAGCUAUAACCCUAAUCAUCAUGUCCACUCAAAUCUUAGCAUCAUCAUAUUCAAAUGAAAACCCAUAUAAAAUUGUUCGUUCUACAAAAACAUUUCAUCCACAUAUUUGGGGAGAACAAUUCUUACAUUACAACAUCUCAGAACAAGAUUGGUAUUGUCAACAACAAAAGGUUGAGAAAUUGAAAGAAGUGAUUAGAAGAGAAAUAUUUGGAGAAUCAUCAUCAUCAUCAGCUUAUUAUGAUUCUUGGAAAAAUCAAUUGAAGUUAAUUGAUGUGGUAGAACGUUUGGGAUUGUCCUAUCAUUUUGAAAGUGAAAUAGAAAAUAUGAUAGAACAAAUCUACAACAAAACCAAUAGUGAUGAUUUUCUCAAAGAUGAAGAUUUGCAUGAUGUUUCCUUGUGGUUUACACUUCUACGACAACAUGGAUUUAGGGUUUCUUCUGAUAUAUUUGAAAAAUUCAAAGAUGAAGAUGGCAACUUUAAAAAAUAUUUGGUAAGUGAUACUCUUGGUUUGCUUAGCCUAUAUGAAGCUUCACACUUGAGUUGUGUUGGAGAAAAUAUACUUGAUGAAGCACUUGCUUUCACAACAACACACUUGAUUGAGUUUUUGGCAAAGACAAAAGAUCACUAUGAUGACGAUGAUUUCUUGUCAAAAGAAAUAUCUCAAGCCCUAGAGAGACCCUUAAGAAAGACCCUAGUAAAUCUUCAUGCUAAGCAUUUCAUUUCGAUAUAUGAAAAAGAUGCCUCACAUAACAAAGUAUUGCUACAACUUGCAAAGCUAGAUUUCAAUCUAUUACAAUCCAUGCACAAAGAGGAGCUUAGUGAAAUCAGCAGGAAAUGCCUAACAGAACUGAACAGGAUCCUGCAAUGAGGAACAAGAGCAAUCGGAUUGCAGAAACUUCUGCAAUGCAUCAGCAAAAUAAAGACUUUUUCAGCAACCCGAAAGAGCAUGAUGAUGUGUUUUGGAACAAAAAACAAUGGCGAAUUCGUGUCAUUGUGAACAGAGUUCAAAAUGACAGCAAAAGGAGACUUGCAGGGGGUGCUACCGAGCGAAACAAAGGAAGUGGAUAAGCAAUGGUUGUUAAAUCUGUAAUCAUUCUUGUAGCUAAAUAUAAUGUAUAGUAUUCAGUUUUUGUACAUAAACAAAUGUAAUUUGAAGGUUUGAGCAAUACAAUUUCCUUAUUCAUAAAAAAAAAAAGAAAAAAAUACUCGAAAUUUUCUGAAAAAAUUAAUUUAAGUAAUUUAAGAUAGUAAUUUUCUUAUGUACCAAAAUAGAUAAAAUGUUUAAAUUAAUUUAUUUGAUGUCA